AUAACAACUGUCAUCUUAAGUGCUGUUUAGCUGUGUCGUGUCUCUGUCUGUGUGUGUAUGCAGUGAAAUGGCUGAAGCUAGGGUGUCCCAGGACCAGUUCAGCUGUCCAGUGUGUCUGGAUCUAUUAAAGGAUCCAGUGACUAUUCCCUGUGGACACAGUUACUGUAUGAGCUGCAUUACAGACUGCUGGGAUCAAGAGGAUCAGAAGAGACUCUACAGCUGCCCUCAGUGCAGACAGACCUUCAGUCCAAGACCUGCUUUAUAUAAAAACACCAUGCUGGCUGAAGUGGUGGAGCAACUGAAAAAGACUAAACUCCAAACUGAUGUUCCUGCUGAACCUGGAGAUGUGGAGUGUGAUGUCUGUACUGAAAGAAAACACAAAGCUGUGAAGUCCUGUCUGUUGUGUCUAAACUCUUUCUGUCAAAAUCACCUUGAACAACAUGAGAAUCUCUUCAAAGGAAAGAGACACAAUUUAAUGGAUGCCACUGGACGACUUCAGAAGAUGAUCUGCUGUAAACAUGAAAAACUGCUGGAAAUUUUCUGCCGCACUGACCAGAGUUGUAUAUGUUUGCUCUGUAUGGUGGAUGAACAUAAAGAUCAUGAGACUGUAUCAACUGCAGCAGAAAGGACAGAGAAACAGAAACAAUUGGAUGAGACACAAAGGAAAUUUCAGCAGCAAAUCAAGAAGAGAGAGAAGAAGCUUCAGGAGCUGAAAGAGGCUGUGAAGGCUCACAAGCGCUCUGCACAGACAGCAGUGGAGAACAGUGAGAAGAUCUUCAGUGAACUCAUCAGCUCCAUUGAGAGAAGACGCUCUGAGAUCACCCAGACAAUCAGAGAUCGUGAAAAGACUGUAGUGAGUCGAACCGAAGGUCUCUUGAGGAGACUGGAGCAGGAGAUUGAUGAACUGAAAAGGAGAAAUGCUGAGCUGGAGCAGCUUUCACUCACACAUGAUCACAUCCAUUUCCUCCAGAGUAUCCCAUCUCUCCCUGUUCCUCCUGGAUCUUCAUAUGUUCCCAGUAUCACUGAUGGUUCCUAUAAUGAUGCUGGAGAAUCAGUGUCUCAAAUGAGUGAGAGCCUGGAGAAUUUCUGCAGAAAGGAGACUGAAAAGAUAUGUGGUAAAGUGAGAUGCAUCCAGAUCAUUCCCACCCCGGAAUAUGAGAGCAGGAAAGACUUCCUAAACUAUUUCCAUCGAUUUACUAUGGAUCCAAACACAGCGCAUGAACGCCUCCGUCUGUCUGAGGGGAACAGAGUGGUGACUUACAGUAGAGCACUUCAAGCGUAUCCUGAUCAUCCAGACAGAUUUGAUAGAUAUCUUCAGGUAUUGUGUAGAGAGAGUGUGUGUGGACGCUGUUACUGGGAGGUUGAGUGGAUUGGAAAGGAUGAUGUGUCUGUAUCAGUGUCAUAUAAGAGCAUCAGCAGGAUGGGAAUUGAUAAUGAGUGUAGAUUUGGACAUAAUGACAAUUCCUGGAGUUUGACCUGCUCUCCCCAUCAUUGUGCAUUCUGGCACAAUAACAAUAAGACUCUGCUCCCUGCAGUGUCCAGCUCUUCUAGAAUAGGAGUGUAUGUGGAUCACAGUGCAGGAAUUCUGUCCUUCUACAGCGUCUCUGACACAAUGAACCUCAUCCACAGAGUCCAGACCACAUUCACUCAACCUAUCUAUCCUGGUUUUAGUUUUCUUUCAGAUCCUUUCACUAAGUUUUUAAAAUUUUGGUUUGUUUCAAAAUAUUCAGCAGUGAAACUGUGUGAUGUAUAAAUAUAUUCCCAUGGAUUCAGCAAAUAACAGUAAUUUUUGCUUAAUAAAAUUAAUACUAUUGAGACAAGAAUGCAUUGCUUGGUAAUGACAUACACUUGCUGACGUUACAAAUUUGACUAGUUCAAGAAUACAUGAAUGUAAAGCUUUUGAGCAAUCCAGGGUCAUUGGAAAAUAUGUGACCCUGGCUUUUUUACUGCCAACAAAUGUAUGUAUAGGUACCUUUUUGCAGUUUUGCAGGAAUGUAACCACAGUCAUGUAUUUUACAUUGUUCACAGUGCACCAGGGACUGACGAAAGCAUGAAAGGAUGCCCUGUGCCAUUAUCCCAUCAAUGCAUUUGUUAUCAUUUUACUUUUUUAAAUAAUCAUAUUGCUGUCAGCAUUUUCUGAUUUGACAUUUUAUCGCAGUAGACAAUACUAUCACAGAGAAACAAAAUGACCGUUAAAAUUAGUCCACAAAUCAAUUCUGAUAGAACUAAAUGUGCAAUGUGCAAAGCUGACUAUACUGAAGCAGAUUUUCAUUUUAUCUGAAAAAACAUUUACUGAUUAAAGUAUAAAAGUGUAUAAAUAAAUUAAUAGAUUUCUUAACAUUUGUUUCCUCAGUCUUGCAUGUUCCAUGUCUGUUGCUGCAAAACAUCAGUAAUCUGAGAUCAGACUUUCAUUUUUAACCCCUAUCACAAGCAGUUCUCUUUUAGACACGUUUUUUAAGUUUACUCUUUGAUGGAAAUUAGGCUACUGUAUUGUGAGUUCAGAGAAAUGUUAUCAUUUGUGCCAGUAUCUAUCUAUCUAUCUAUCUAUCUAUCUAUCUAUCUAUCUAUCCAUCCAUCCAUUUUAAAACUAAUUCAGGCCAGACUUUCUCAAGACUGAAGUCGUGUUUGACUUAUGGACCCUGUUAAUUGUUGUUCAUUAUACACAGUGAUUAUAAGCAUAUAUUACUCUUUCUGCAGUAUACAGUAACAAUGAUAUUUUUUGUAACAGAAUGCUGUGACACUGCAUACUGUAUCCCAAAAUGCAAACCUGGCUUUCUGUUUCCAGUGGGAGAAAUA